AGGGGGGGUGGAGAGAGCGGAGAAAGGGUGGUGGGAGGUGGCCGCUGCUCUUUGGCAUCUCUUGUAUUUAAGGCCUCUUUCGACUCAUUUUCUGUUUUCCGAUCAGUAAAGUAAUACUACAACUACUGCUAGUCUGCUGGUCUACUCCUCCGUUAUCAGCAGCAGCUGCAGCACCGCUAUUCGAUAAACCACGCCACAAAAAGCAAGGGAGAAGCAGAGAUGGCGGCACAAGACGAAGCUAUGGAGGCACUGAAGAAGGAGGCCGUCGACUUGGAGAAUAUUCCGCUGGAGGAGGUUUUCGAGAAUUUGCGGUGUACCAAGGAGGGGCUUUCGUCUGAGGAUGCACAAAGGAGACUGCAGAUUUUUGGUUACAACAAACUGGAAGAGAAGGAGGAAAGCAAGGUUCUGAAGUUUCUGGGAUUCAUGUGGAAUCCACUCUCAUGGGUCAUGGAAGCUGCUGCCGUAAUGGCCAUUGCACUCGCUAAUGGAGGCGGAAAACCUCCUGAUUGGCAAGAUUUUGUUGGGAUUAGUAUUCUGCUUCUCAUCAAUUCAAGUAUUAGUUUCUAUGAGGAGAACAAUGCUGGUAAUGCUGCUGCAGCAUUAAUGGCCCGCCUUUCUCCCAAAGCCAAGGUGCUUCGAGAUGGCAGCUGGAGUGAGCAAGAUGCAUCAAUUCUUGUACCUGGUGAUAUUAUAAGUAUAAAGCUUGGGGACAUUAUUCCAGCAGAUGCUCGUCUUCUUGAUGGUGAUCCACUGAAAAUAGACCAGUCUGCCUUGACUGGAGAAUCCCUUCCUGUGUCCAAAGCCCCUAGGGAGGGUGUUUAUUCAGGGUCUACAUGCAAACAAGGGGAGAUUGAAGCAGUAGUGAUUGCAACUGGUGUUCACACCUUCUUUGGCAAGGCUGCUCACCUUGUUGACUCUACAAAUCAACAGGGACAUUUUCAGAAGGUCUUGACUGCCAUUGGAAAUUUCUGUAUAUGUUCGAUUGCUGUGGGAAUGAUCACAGAGGUCAUUGUGAUGUAUCCCAUUCAAAAUCGGCCCUACAGACCGGGGAUUGACAAUUUGCUGGUACUUCUUAUUGGAGGGAUUCCAAUUGCCAUGCCAACAGUUUUGUCUGUUACAAUGGCAAUUGGUUCCCACCGUUUGUCUUUGCAGGGAGCUAUUACUAAAAGAAUGACUGCAAUAGAAGAAAUGGCAGGCAUGGACGUACUUUGCAGCGAUAAAACAGGAACUUUGACAUUGAACAAACUUAGUGUUGACAAGAAUCUUAUUGAGGUAUUUGCCAAAGGAGUGGAUGUAGACACUGUAGUCUUAAUGGCUGCCAGAGCUGCUCGGUUGGAAAACCAAGAUGCAAUCGAUGCUGCUAUUGUUGGGAUGUUGGCAGACCCAAAAGAGGCGAGGGCUGGUAUUCAAGAGGUUCACUUCCUUCCAUUUAACCCAACUGAUAAGCGCACUGCUUUGACGUAUAUUGACAAUAGAGGCAAAAUGCAUAGAGUCAGCAAAGGUGCUCCUGAACAGAUUCUAAAUCUUGCGCAUAAUAAAUCAGACAUAGAGGGCAAAGUUCAUUCUGUGAUAGAUAAAUUUGCAGAGAGAGGGUUGCGUUCUCUUGCAGUGGCAUAUCAGGAAGUCCCUGAAGGAAGGAAAGAAAGUUUGGGAGGUCCCUGGCAAUUUAUUGGCCUCAUGCCUCUUUUUGAUCCACCCAGGCAUGACAGUGCUGAAACGAUCACAAGGGCUUUAAAUCUUGGGGUAAAUGUGAAAAUGAUCACUGGUGAUCAACUAGCAAUAGGCAAAGAAACAGGACGUCGUUUGGGAAUGGGAACCAACAUGUAUCCUUCUUCUGCUUUGUUAGGACAGAAUAAGGAUGAAUCUCUUAUUACCUUGCCUGUGGAUGACUUGAUUGAAAAAGCUGAUGGUUUUGCUGGUGUUUUCCCUGAACACAAGUAUGAAAUAGUUAAACGCCUGCAAGCUAAAAAGCAUAUAUGCGGAAUGACUGGUGAUGGAGUAAAUGAUGCCCCUGCUCUCAAGAAGGCUGAUAUUGGAAUAGCUGUUGCUGAUGCAACUGAUGCUGCUCGGGAUGCUUCUGACAUUGUUCUGACGGAACCUGGUCUUAGUGUUAUUAUAAGUGCUGUUUUAACCAGUCGAGCAAUCUUUCAGAGGAUGAAAAAUUAUACAAUCUAUGCAGUUUCUAUCACAAUCCGUAUAGUGCUUGGUUUCCUGUUACUUGCACUGAUUUGGAAAUUUGACUUUCCACCUUUCAUGGUGCUAAUCAUUGCAAUUCUCAAUGAUGGUACAAUCAUGACAAUAUCGAAGGACAGGGUAAAACCAUCUCCUCUACCAGAUAGCUGGAGGCUGGGUGAGAUUUUUGCUACUGGAAUCGUUCUUGGUGGUUACUUGGCAGUGAUGACUGUCAUCUUCUUCUGGGCAGCAUAUGACACAGACUUCUUCCCGCACAAAUUUGGCGUGGCAACUCUACAUAAAACUGCACAUGAUGUUGGCAUGGCAACUCUACAUAAAACUGAACAUGAUGGCUUCAGGAAGCUAGCAUCUGCAAUUUAUCUGCAAGUCAGUAUCAUCAGUCAAGCACUCAUAUUUGUCACGAGAGCCAGGAGCUGGUCUUUCGUUGAGCGUCCAGGACUAUUCCUUGGCCUAGCUUUUGUUGGAGCUCAGUUGAUUGCUACCUUGAUUGCUGUUUAUUGCAACUGGAAUUUUGCUGCAAUAGAAGGGAUCGGAUGGGGAUGGGCUGGGGUAGUCUGGCUCUAUAACAUUGUAUGCUACAUCCCACUUGAUUUUCUCAAAUUCUUCGUCCGAUAUAUCUUGAGCGGGAAGGCCUGGGAUCUUCUCAUUGAGCAAAGGGUUGCAUUCACAAAGAAAAAGGAUUUUGGAAAGGAAGAAAGGGAGCUUAAAUGGGUACAGGCACAGAGGACGCUCCAUGGGCUGCAUCCACCUGAGACUCAGUUUGGUGACCAUAGUCGCGCUGCAGAUCUUAAUCAGAUAGCUGAAGAAGCAAGGCGACGAGCUGAAAUGGCAAGGCUGAGGGAAUUGCGCACAUUGAAGGGCCACGUUGAAAGUGUCGUGAAGUCGAAGAAUCUGGAUAUAGAUACAAUACAGCAAUCAUACACUGUUUGAGGAGAGAGCGGUUCAUCUUCAAUUUGGUAGAUAAUAUUACCCAAAGCCAGUGGUAGUGACAAUGAUACAGUUUGGAUGAUGUCUUUUUGUAUAGCCUUUUAACUAAUUUCGGCACUCCGCAGCUGGAAAUAUUGGCAUCUGUUCACCAUGUGAUGGGGGCUGGUGUACUGCCUUCCAUGAUCUUGUGAACAAUAGGUCGCAUUUAAAUUGCUACUCUGAAAUUUCCAAAAUAGAUUUGAAAAUGAAUUCGAAUUUUAUUCUGAAA